GCCUAAGUUCUGAACGUUUCCAGUGUAAUUUCUACUGCUACAGUACGACGCGUCCUUGCGCCGACAUCACCCUCGCUCAAGCUCAGCUAACACUUCUUCUACGUUGACCAUGAUGCAAGCAGAUGAUGUCACGUACGGAGAGGAGAUUGAGCUGGAGUCCCAACCCCUGAUUGAAGCACCGGCCCCAGCAGUAAGCAUCCUGAACUUGCGGGUCAAGACACUCAGCGAAAAGCCAUUGAACAUUGACAUCAGUGCGACGGCAUCCGUGGGUGAACUCAAGGACAUGAUCAAGGCGAAAGGCGAGGCCGAGGGCAAAUUUCUUCGGUUGAUCCACCAGGGGAAAAUGCUCAACGAUGACAAAGCCGCGUUGUUGUCGUGUAAUAUCAAGCAGAACGACUUUAUCCACUGCGCCAUGAGCAACGCGCCCCCCAAAUCGCUCGUCCAGCAGAUGACACAUCAACAGGAAGAAGCGGCUUUAGACGAGCCGACCCAUCGCCGCGGCUUUGAUUGUCUGCGCGAUACGUUGAGUCGAGAAGACGUCCAGGCGCUGCGCCUGCAUUUCUAUCCCCAAGUGUCGACCAUGAUCAGCCAGUCCGUCGCGCGGGAAGGCGAAUCCGUGGAAGAUCGUAUUUAUCGCAUCGAAGAAGAGUGGAUGGCAGCGCAGGGUCCGCAGUCUGAAUUUGCUCUGAACGUCCGACCUCGCGGCGGACCCAUGACGAUCCAUGACUCGGCGCAUCAUCGCAUUGACAUGCCCGACAUGUCAAGCGUCGACAACGAGGGCACGACGGUCGACAUGGUGUGGGGCGUGGCCAUGGGCUUCGUCCUCGGCUUCUUCAUGCUCUUCCUGCUGUGGGAGCGGACAAUUCCUCGACGUCAAAAGCUAGGCAUAGUGAUCGGCGUAGCCAUUAACCUCCUCCUCAACUUCAUGCAGCGAUUGACCCCUGAAGGCGGGUGAGACCAGGAACCGCCUAAGGAAUAGCAACGGAAUUAUGUACUAUCAAUCAUGUUGGCUUGAGCUUGGUUUGUGAAGGGGUUUCG